ACGCAAUCUUCAUUAAUUGAAAAAAUGAAAAAAAGACCCAAAGUAAGUGGUCUCUUCAACAGGCCAUUUCAAUGGAUCCACAGCAACAGAGAACAGGAGUUCCCCAGCAUGGUCCUCCUCAAACCGGCGGUUUCUCCCCUAUUCUCACUGUUUUUCUCCUUCUUCGCCUUGGUAAUCUCUCCGUCGCCAGUCCCGAACUGUUUCAGCGUCAUGUAUAUGUAUGUGUUGUCAAUCAGCUUCGUAAGGGAUAUGUAUAUGAGACGCUGCUGAACUAUGAUGUGCAAUAUGACAACACAUGGAUAUAUGACAAGAAUCAUCAUGAAAUCAAUCAGUCCUGCAGCAUCAUACUCUUCAAGAAGUUUAUAUCGAUGUUUUUGAUCAGAUUGAUGAAAAGAUGCAAGUUGCUCUUCAAGGUGCUUGUACAUGUUAUGUGCCUGGUAUUGAAAUCAUAAUUGUGUGUGUAACGAAGCCCACCAUUCCAUAAAAGCAUAAGAAGGAAUUUCGGACAGAUGGAAGAAUAACAUGCUAAGGUUUGCUACACUCUUGGUCAUAUUCAUUGUUUUACUUUCCCUCCAUUAAAACCUGGUUUGAGACAAAAAAAAAUUUUUAAAAAAAGGAAUUUCGGACAUAAUGCAUGUUGAAAAUCUUUCCUUGAGAUUACCAUGGAUAUGGAGUUUCUCUCUAUCUUGGACUGUUCAUACUUGUAUGUUUAAGGUUGUCUAUUAAUGCGGCUUUAGCAGAGUGAUGUUGUGGUAUUUACGAACAUAGCAAAACCUCAUUCAACUGAGAAACUUGGAUCCUAUGGAUGGGCAGAUCCAAAAAGUUUAUCAUGCAUGCAUUUGUGAGAGUGAUUGAUGCAGAUUGUGCAUUGCUACGUAGGACUUAAUC